AGGGUUUUAGGAGGAGAGAAUGCGAGCGGCGACGAUCGCCCUCUGGCGAGCUUCCAGCUCGAUUCACAGAGGUAUGCAGCGGGCGGCGAUCGUCCCGCAAUCACAGCCGGCGGCAUUGCUCCAUUGUCGGAAGAUCAGCGAGGAGGCGCGGAAAUAUCGUGUGCCGACGCCAAUGGCGGGCUGGGCGCGCGGAUUUCCUCGUCCCAAGGGCGUCGAGCCUUCGUCCCGGGACUGGCGGAGGAAAUCUGUGAAGGUAAAGAAGAAUCGCAGAUCUUUCUGUCCCUACACGAUCAAAGCCAGGCGCGUGUACAGCAGGGUGAGAUUUGAAGCUCAGGAGAGGCGACUCAAAAGGGCUGCCGAUCGCGAGGCUGCUGCUGCCGCCGCUGCUGCCGGAAACAAAGAUGGAGGAGAGGAUGCGCCCCGGAUGGAUCGAAGCCACAGCGAGCAGCAUUUCUCCGGUAGAGCUGCUCCCGGCUUGGAUUUCUACUCGAGGUUUGUCAAGCCCAGCGGACGUACCGAGCUUGUGCCGGCGGCAGUGGCACCACCCAACUUUCCUGCCUAUUGCAAGCCGGUGGUGAAGAAGAUCGAUUCAUGGAGAGCUCCGUGGACGCGGCCAUUCAAGAAACCCAGGCAGGAGUAUCAAGUUGGAAGGCCGAGGCCACUGCCAAAAGCCGCUGCUCGAGCCGUGAGAAGCGAUCGAGAGGUUGCGAAGGUGAAGGGCCGCGAGAAGAAACUCAAGAGGCUCGCGAGAGGAAAGAUCGUCAAUCCCAAGCAAAGGAUGGAGUACACUUGAGAGAGGUAAGAUGGUGAUGAAGAUGGAUUCAAUUGUAGUAGUUAUCGUAGUCGCAGUUAAACAAGAUCUCAUCAUCGGCAUCCA